GAAAACAAAGAGAAACCCACCGAACGUACGUAGUGGGGCGCGUUGUAUUUUUCGUUUCGCGAAUUCGCAUAUCGAUCGCGUAUGAUCGGCCACCGUUAUGGCCCUUCAUCAUCAUCGGUACCGGCAGUUCUGUACAGCGUAAAGCUGCCGAUGGGGAGAGGGAAACUCCGAACCAACCAACAGCAUCCACCACCCUCUUGCGGUUGCUGCAUCAACAACGCGCAUGGGGGAUGCAGCUGCUGCUGGUACAACAUAGUCCACCGGUCUGUUGGCGGCGGUACCCUCUUCGGGCUAGGUGAAAUAAAAGUUGCCCCUUCGCUGGAAACCACUUUCAGUCCGUUUUAUGCAAUAGAGGCGUUCGGUGGGUUCGAGCGUAUGGGUCACGCGCAUACCGCGGUGUGCGAAUCGUGUAGAAAAUCUUAAUUUCCUGGUGCGCUCCAUCGAUCCUGGUUAGGGCUGGGGGUGUGUUAAUCGGAUUGUUCCUGUUUUCGCAAACGCGGACCAACGUCCUGCCACGUACGGGUGGUGUGUGUGUGUGUUCAUGUGUCUGGUGGUGUUAGUGUUUAUCCUGUUUGUAUUGUUCUUCUGUGCAGUGGUUCGAAAGUGAGAGUUUCGCUUAAAUUGGGUCGAACGAGUGGAAUAAAACCGAACGGAAAGGGAAUACAAGGUUUCGCUUUCAUUAUGUUCUAGACCCCAACGGUACGAAAUAAUUGGUAAAACAGUGGCCUAUAUUGCAAGUGUGUUCGAAAGAUAAUUUAAAAAUCGGUUGCUUCGAUUGAUUGCGGCAUUCCCAUACGUCCGUCACUGAGCGGAUACUGGAUAGCUAGAUGAUAAUCCUGUUGCUGUGAAGCUUUUUACAACACGCCGAAAUGUCACCGCUGCCUCCGUUAGUACACGUCGAUAUGGAAAUGCGGCAAUGUAGUGAAAUCAAUAAACGUGAGCAUUGGAGGCGGAAACACGAUAGCAACACGGGUAGUAGUGGCUGGCCACACGGUCCUGCCAUCUCCAGGCUCGAACGCUUGGUUUCGUCGGUCGCGACGGUGGGUCUGCUGUGGUUAGCUAUUGGCUGCACGCUUGCGGUCGCCAGUUCCGUGCAUGAUGGUCACUGCAAACAUCAACAUCCGAAGGCGCAUGAGGUAGUACAUGGAGUGCAGUUGGAACCGUUGCAUGUAAUCCGGAAGCGUAGCAUCGAUCAACCACUUCGGAUACUGAUCGUUUACGAUGAAUCCGUCUACAGAUUAGAUACCGAUAAAUUUUCUCUCAUUAAUAACACCAUCUUACCGGAAGCGGUACGAUUUUGGGAGCAGGCUCUGAUGGUGCGCCAGACGAAGGAAACCAUAAGACUGAAUCGGAAAUGUGAAAGCAGUCAGGUGUUUGUGAAAAACUCGAUGACGUACUGUAUCGAUUCCUGCAAGCAAGCUACACUCUGUGGUGAAGUUCAAGUACCACCGGACCAUCUCGACGUGUGUCGGGUUUGCAAUUCUACCGGACAGGAUUGCCACGAAGAUGCAAAUACAACAGCCGGUCCGGGCAUUGCCAAUGCGGACUUUGUGUUUUACGUCUCCGCGCUACAGUCGGAACGAUGCCAUAAAGGGCUUACGGUCGCAUAUGCAGCACACUGUCAACAGGAGGCAGCCCUCGAUCGUCCGAUUGCCGGUCAUGCAAACCUGUGUCCGGAUAGCAUCAGCACCAAACCGCAGGAGCUACAAACGUUACUGUCGACGGUAAAGCACGAGAUUCUUCAUGCGCUUGGGUUUUCCGUGAGUUUGUACGCAUUCUUCCGAAACGACGACGGUACACCACGAACGCCUCGCAAACCGGACACCGGCAAGCCUUACUUAAAUGAAAAGUUCCAGAUACACCAGUGGAGUGACGACACGAUCCGCAAAGUCGUUCGCACUGAUUGGGCUGUACGUGAUGGUACGAUUAACCGUACGAUCGACAUGUUCGUUACGCCGCGCGUGGUGCAGGAGGUUCGCGAUCACUUCAGCUGUCAGAAGCUAGAGGGUGCCGAGCUGGAGGAUCAAGGUGGCGAAGGAACGGCACUGACACACUGGGAAAAACGUGUUUUGGAAAAUGAAGCAAUGACAGGCACGCACACCCAAAGUUCGGCCUUUUCACGCAUCACGUUGGCCCUGAUGGAGGAUUCGGGAUGGUACAAAGCCAACUACAGCAUGGCAUCACCGUUGACGUGGGGUCGUGGAUUAGGUUGUAAUUUUGCCAUGCGAAGCUGCAAGGAUUGGAUCACAUCUAACACGUUGAGAGGUCGUUCGAUUCAUCCUUUCUGUGCAAAAGUGAAGCGCGAUCCGCUACAAACGGAAUGUACCGACGAUCGAAGUUCGGUUGCGCUGUGCAACCUGGUGCGACACACAACGCCGCUGCCACCACAGUACCAAAAUUUUGAUUCCUUAGCACACGUUCCUGUCGGAGAGGAAGGAUACUACGGUGGAUCCGUUUCUCUUGCCGAUCACUGCCCCUAUAUACAAGAAUUCACGUGGCGUAGCAAAAAUGUGGUCGUCCGAGGAUCCCAAUGCCAGUUCGAAGAUAAUAAUCCCAAGCCGGAGAAAAACUUCGCACUCGAAUCUUAUGGACCUACGUCGAAGUGCUUCGAUCACACCGAGAACAUGUGGGAGGAACGUUCGUGCAGACAAACGCGUGAAUGGCAGCACUGGGGCUCCGGUUGCUACCAGUACCGCUGCCAGCAUGGUCGUUUACACAUCCUGAUAGCAAAUAAAUCCUACGAGUGUUACUUCGCCGGACAAAAGUUGAAAGUACAGCUGAUGGCGGAAGGUUGGUUGCAUCGCGGAGCAGUUGUAUGUCCAUCUUGCAAAGAGAUCUGCAACGCCGAAUUCGAGCGACGUGGGGAGCGCUGUAAAAUCAGCGAAAGUGCGCCACCGGAUAGUUUCUAUCCGAGAGACGAGCUAAAGUGCAGCGGCGCUCAUACGCCCCACGCGAAGGCAUUGCUUUCGAGUCUGAUACUUUUGUCAUUGGCCACGGCCGCCAGUACAAGUGUUCCCCGGAUAUAUAGCUAAUCUUUGCUUCCUUCGGUGAGGUUCUACAGCAGCAAUGCCGUGCAUUGUGUGGGCAAACGUUUCGUAUUACCGUUUUAUCAACCAUUUUAUGUAUGUGAUACCUCUAUCAACGUCGGCAUCGGGUAAAGUAGCAAGAAAAAAGACCCCGAUGUAACCAGUCAUUACAUCACGCAGUUAACACGAACUAAUUAUGUAUUGUGGAAUAAUGUUAGUGCGAAUCACCUAGUAACAAAAUGCAAAAAUGAUAUGAACACCACAUCACCAAAUUAGACCACCUGCCGUUAACAUUUAGUAUAAAAAAAGUAAAAUUUGAUGUGUAAAUAACUGCCUAAAUUCGCAAAGGACACCAAUGGCACGGUGUAUGGUUUUGUCCUUUCUUAACAACGCACCAUUAUCUUAUAUCAAUCGUAUGGCUGCAACAUUCCAUUCGUGUAAAGUGAUAACUUAUUUAAUUUAAUUUUAUGAUCAAUUUUAUAUAUUGUUUGUGUGCAAAAACAAAACAUACGAGGGCAGUAUUAAUCGUGUCUCCAAAUUCUUCGGUAGAAUUUAAUUUGAAUACCCAGCUUAACAUAACAUCCCUUCUGCCAUAUGGUAUGAUCAAGUUCGCCAAUUAUGUGUUUGUUGUUUCUCAGUUUUCGCAAAAAGGCCAUUCCAAACAUAUAAAUCUAGCAAAAGGGGCACAAAGGUAAAACAAAAAUGCAAAACUGCCAAAGUCAUACGCUCUCGUACAUGGAUCAAAUUCGUUUUUUUAAUGGGAAAAUUGUUGAUAUAGAUAGUUAUGAGUGGUCCAUGCAUCACAUCCUUUUAUUUGCUGGAUAGCAAUAUCCUGAAAAAUGUGCGUAAACGAGAAUCGCUUAAAGAUUUCCUUUAGAAUCUUUCCUAUUUCAUUAUUUUGUUGAUAUUUUAGUUUUAUUUUUAAUAUUGUCGUUUUUUUAUUUAAGGCUACCGUUAAGUAAGCAAUAAAGCGUAUUCGUAAGCAAGGCUCUUAUACCUUUCA